AUGGGCUGCUUCGGCGCUGACAACGACUCAAAUCGCGUAGACGAGGAGACUGCAGUUCCAGGCGUGCAGGUUGAUUUUAGAGAUGAUCGCUGGAUUAUAGACCUUGAAAUCGAUAACAUUAUCAGCAACAUAUCAGAGGUCGAGAGCUGGACAAACUUCAUUUCGCAAGGGAGUUUUCGUAUCAACUUCGCCGUCCUUCAGCGAAUACAGUUGAAGCAGCUCCGCACCAAACUCGCCAAACAUGCAGUGUCUCUAAGAUUCGAAGCAAGUGAACCCCAAGGGUGGCAGGACACCCUCAAAGACUAUAUACAAGCACUCCAAAACUAUGAAUACAUGGAAAAACGAAGUCUGCAACCUGAAGAUCCGUUCUACAUGAGUGGUGAGAAGUAUCAAGAUCGCAGACUUCUUGAAGCCAUUCUUGGGGACAAAAUGAACAGUUUUGAGGGACAACCCGUGUUCCCCGCUAUCGGACACUGGCAAAAGGGACCCGAGGAAUCGAGAUCUGUCCGAGAUACAAGACAAGAUAACUAUAAGCGGAACUGGACAGUAGGUCUCCACCAAAGACUUGCGGUGGCGGCCGUAGGUGGAAUAUUCCUCAUGGCUCCUAUGUGGCUGAUGGUCUUGCAUAAUACUCUCUACACGGCUUUGGCCUCGACGACGGUGUUCGUUACUGUGUUUGGAUUGAUGGCUGCGAGAUAUCUUACGAGUUUGAUGGACGUUAUGUCGAGUACAGCGGCUUAUGCUGCUGUGUUGGUUGUUUUUGUUGGACUGAUCACUGAGCUGCACGAUGGCUGA